AUGGCCUCCAUCCUGCUCCUCCUGGCCGCCGCAGCCUCCGCCGUCCUCGCCGAUGGCCAAUACCGCUCGCGUCCGGACCUCUCCCCGCCCCAGCUGAACGUCACCGUCGAGGCCCCCGACGCCAACGGCACCGAGUACGUGUUCGUCGCGCCGUACGGAGGCUCCCUCGCGCAGCCGGGCGCCUACAUCUACCGCAAGAACGGCGACCUGAUCUGGUCCGGCAUCGGCUACUACGCGGGCUUCGUGGGCAACUUCCACCGCACCACGUACAACGAGCAGCCCGUGCUGCAGGCCUUCCAGGGGACCAUUGAUAAAACCCAUGGCGAAGGCUGGGGGUACCAGGUGCUCUUGGAUCAGAGCUACCAGCACGUCGCCACGGCCAAGGCGGCCAACCACCGCGUCCCCUCCAUCCACGAGUUCAAUGUCAUCGAUGGGAAGACCGCGUUGGUGGAGGUGUACACCCCUACGCCCUGGAACCUGUCGGCAUAUGGGGGGAACGCGUCGCAGCAGUGGAUUGGAGAUGGGUAUUUCCAGGAAUUCGACAUUGCAACCGGCGACCUGAUCUUCGAAUGGAACGCGCUCGACCACAUCGACCCCGCUGAAAGCCUGAUCACCCUCGCCUCAGCCGCGGCCGACAGCGCCCUCACCGCCUCGACAAGCUGGGACUUCAUCCACAUCAACAGCGUCGACAAAGACCGCGAGGGCAACUACCUCGUCUCGUCCCGACACCUCUCGACCAUCUUCAAAGUAAACGGCACCGACGGCCGCAUCCUCUGGCGACUCAGCUAUUCCAACCCCUCCACCUUCACUCUGCCCACCGGCUUCGCCUUCGGCUUCCAGCACCACGCCCGCUGGCACGCCCAGUCCGCAACCAAAGAGACCAUCUCCUUCUUCGACAACUCCAACGCCGGCACGGGACUAGUGUACCACAACGUCUCGCGCGCGCUCGUCGUGGAACUCGACCUCCACACCAAGACAGCGACGGUGCUGCGCGAGGCGCCCGCGCCGUACGGCAUCAGCGCGGCCUCGCAGGGCGACGCGCAGUUCCUGGCUGACGGGCGCGUCUUCGUGAACUGGGGGUCGGCGGGCGCGAUCACGGAGUUUGAUGCCGACGACGAGGUGGUGUAUCAUGCGUGGAUCGCCGAGGAGGGGAUGAGUUAUCGUGGAUUUCUGGGCAAUUGGAUGGGGACCCCCGCGGAGGAGCCGGCCAUCGUGGCGUAUCUGGAUGGCAGUGCUAAGCGGGAUGCGUUGAGGGUGUAUGUGUCCUGGAAUGGGGAUACGGAGACGGUCGGGUGGCGGUUCUAUGGGCUCGGUCUGGGGACGGGGAGGAAUGCCACGACCUCCGGGCCGGUGUUUCUGGGCCAGGUGGCGAGGAGUUCGUUUGAGACGGUGUUGGUCACGGAUCGGGUCGCGGUGGCUGCGUCCACGGGCAGGGUUUAUGCUGUCGCGGUGGGGAAGGAGGGGGGUGUUUUGGGACGGACGAGGGCGGUGCGUGUGCAGGAGUGGGUGGCCUUGGGUUGA